GAUCUGAGUCAGUAUGAAACCAAGUUGCCGCACACGUUAGCGGGGGUGGGAAGGUGUGAGAUUGGCGGCCGCAUCACGAAAGCUCCAUCCCGGAAGUGCUUGUUGGUCGUCUCCAUGCGCCGGUUCCUAGGCGUCGUGGAGCCAAGACGCGAGGCUGGGACUGAGAGGUAGAGCUGGAGGGGACCCUAAGCGCCCUCCGCCCGGGACGUGACCCGCUGCGCCCACCGGGCUAGGCCCGGCGCCAUCAUGCUGCUCCUGCCAAGCGCCGCGGACGGCCAGGGCACCGCCAUCACCCACGCUCUGACCUCUGCCUCUACACUCUGUCGAGUUGAACCUGUGGGAAGAUGGUUUGAAGCUUUUGUUAAGAGGAGAAACAGAAAUGCUUCUGCCUCUUUUCAGGAACUGGAGGAUAAGAAAGAGUUAUCCGAGGAAUCAGAAGAUGAAGAAUUGCAGUUGGAAGAGUUUCCCAUGCUGAAAACCCUUGAUCCCAAAGACUGGAAGAACCAAGAUCAUUAUGCAGUUCUUGGACUUGGCCAUGUGAGAUACAAGGCUACACAGAGACAGAUCAAAGCAGCUCAUAAAGCAAUGGUUUUAAAACAUCACCCAGACAAACGGAAAGCAGCUGGUGAACCAAUAAAAGAAGGAGAUAAUGACUACUUCACUUGUAUAACUAAAGCUUAUGAAAUGUUAUCUGAUCCAGUGAAAAGACGAGCAUUUAACAGUGUAGAUCCUACUUUUGAUAACUCAGUUCCUUCUAAAAGUGAAGCAAAGGAUAAUUUCUUCGAAGUGUUUUCCCCAGUGUUUGAAAGGAAUUCCAGAUGGUCAAAUAAAAAAAAUGUUCCAAAACUUGGUGAUAUGAAUUCAUCAUUUGAAGAUGUAGAUGCAUUUUAUUCUUUCUGGUAUAAUUUUGAUUCCUGGAGAGAAUUUUCUUAUUUAGAUGAAGAAGAAAAAGAAAAAGCAGAAUGUCGUGAUGAGAGGAGAUGGAUUGAAAAGCAGAACAGAGCAACAAGAGCACAAAGGAAAAAAGAAGAAAUGAAUAGAAUUAGAACAUUAGUUGACAAUGCAUAUAGCUGUGAUCCAAGGAUAAGAAAGUUCAAGGAAGAAGAAAAAGCCAAGAAAGAAGCAGAAAAGAAAGCAAAAGCAGAAGCUAAACGGAAGGAGCAAGAAGCUAAAGAAAAACAAAGACAAGCCGAAUUAGAAGCUGCUCGGUUAGCUAAGGAGAAAGAAGACGAAGAAGUUAGACAGCAAGCAUUGUUGGCAAAGAAGGAAAAAGAUAUCCAGAAAAAAGCCAUUAAAAAGGAAAGGCAAAAACUUCGAAACUCAUGCAAGACCUGGAAUCAUUUUUCUGAUAAUGAGGCAGAGCGGGUUAAAAUGAUGGAAGAGGUAGAAAAACUUUGUGAUCGGCUUGAACUGGCAAGCUUACAGUGCUUGAAUGAAACACUCACAUCAUGCACAAAAGAAGUGGGAAAGGCUGCCCUGGAAAAACAGAUAGAAGAAAUAAAUGAGCAAAUUAGAAAAGAGAAAGAGGAAGCUGAGGCUCGUAUGCGACAAGCAUCUAAGAACACAGAGAAAUCAACUGGUGGAGGUGGAAAUGGAAGUAAAAAUUGGUCAGAAGAUGAUCUGCAAUUACUAAUUAAAGCUGUGAAUCUGUUCCCUGCUGGAACAAAUUCAAGAUGGGAAGUUAUUGCUAAUUACAUGAACAUACAUUCUUCCUCUGGAGUCAAAAGAACUGCCAAAGAUGUUAUUUGCAAAGCAAAAAGUCUCCAAAAACUUGACCCUCAUCAAAAAGAUGACAUAAAUAAAAAGGCAUUUGAUAAGUUUAAAAAAGAACAUGGAGGGGUGCCUCAAGCAGACAAUGCAAUGCCGUCAGAACGAUUUGAAGGUCCAUACACGGACUUCAUCCCUUGGACAACAGAAGAACAGAAGCUUUUGGAACAAGCUUUGAAAACAUACCCAGUAAAUACACCUGAAAGAUGGGAAAAAAUAGCAGAAGCUGUGCCUGGCAGGACAAAGAAGGACUGCAUGAAACGAUACAAGGUUGCAGAUUUAGAGUUUAUAGAUUGUUAUAUUUUCAAUUGUAACUUGGGUUAUAUAGUAUCAUUUACUUUGGUAUUGUGAAGUGGGGAGAGAAGAGCAGGAAAUACUGCCAUGUCACUUCCAUCUUUUUUCUGAGAGGAAAUCAAAUCUGUAGUAUUUAGGGUUAUGUAGUCUAGGUUAUAUAGUUUAGGUCAUAUUUUAUGUCUAUUAAGUGGUUAAUAUAGUGCUUAUUUCAAUACCAGUAGUUAUGGGGCCAAUAUUAGGAAGAAAUGAGCAGCCUUAGAAACUUUCUUGAAUUCUUUACAUAUUUAUACCAAACACUACAUUAAAAUGUCUGUUUUUUAAUUCUGACAACUUCUUAAAUCACACCUUUCUCCCUUCCUAGGAACUUGUUGAGAUGGUAAAAGCAAAGAAAGCUGCUCAAGAACAAGUGCUGAAUGCAAGUAGAGCCAAGAAAUGACUUAAUGACAAUCUUUGUUAUGUGUGCAUUUUUAUAAUAAAACUGAAAAUACUGUAAA